CACCCGGGACGACCGAAACGUCAACGUCGAAGAAAAGAGACUCCUUUUUGUCCAAGAUCGGAGGAGUGUUCAGAAGGUGCCAGCGCUGCUACGAGAAACCUAUAUAUAAACAGUUUCUUGAUCUCCCUCAAAAUUUCAUUUCAAUGGAAGCCGAAGGGCAACGAACAUCCUCCAAUCCAUCGGCAGUGCUCGCUGCUCUUUUGUCCAAAAGAGCCAAACUUCAUGAAGAUCUCCGAAACCUCGAAAAACAGGUUUACGACAUGGAGACUAUUUACCUACAGGAUCCUAGCCAAUGUGGAAAUGUACUCAAAGGUUUUGAAGGGUUUUUAUCUUCGUCCAAAAGCACUAGCUUCUUGAAACGAUCCAGGAAGUUUCAACCUGAAGAUCGACUCUUUUCUUUAUCGUCUGUCACUUCACCCGCAGCUGAGGAACAAGCUCUUGGUCGGGAUGUUGGAGGGAUAUCUGCCAAUGGACUAGGUAGACCAAGGAAGGGAAGGGGAGGUCCAAGAGAUGCAAAGAGAAUGAGACAUUCAAGUGAACCAGACUACGAUUAUGAAGAUGAUCCGGAUCUGAUGUAAGUUGGACUCUGGUUAAGAAAGAAGUAGGUUGAUCAAUUUGGAACAAUGACAUUGGUCAAUUUGACAUGUACAAAUAUAUUUGGCUGACUUCAAUUGUAGUUCUUUUGUAUUGAUGAGUCCCUUUGGGACAUCUGAUAAAAAAAGAUUGUAUCCUAGUGAAUAUUUUGCUCGUUCUUUUCUUUGUUGCUGAAAAAUGAGCCAACUUUCUAAUUCUUUUAUUAUUAGCCUGCCAAA